CUCUUUCAGGCUGCUUAGGCCACCUCUUUCAGGCUGCUUAGGCCACCUCUUUCAGGCUGCUUAGGCCACCUCUUUCAGGCUGCUUAGGCCACCUCUUUCAGGCUGCUUAGGCCACCUCUUUCAGGCUGCUUAGGCCACCUCUUUCAGGCUGCUUAGGCCACCUCUUUCAGGCUGCUUAGGCCACCUCUUUCAGGCUGCUUAGGCCACCUCUUUCAGGCUGCUUAGGCCACCUCUUUCAGGCUGCUUAGGCCACCUCUUUCAGGCUGCUUAGGCCACCUCUUUCAGGCUGCUUAGGCCACCUCUUUCAGGCUGCUUAGGCCACCUCUUUCAGGCUGCUUAGGCCACCUCUUUCAGGCUGCUUAGGCCACCUCUUUCAGGCUGCUUAGGCCACCUCUUUCAGGCUGCUUAGGCCACCUCUUUCAGGCUGCUUAGGCCACCUCUUUCAGGCUGCUUAGGCCACCUCUUUCAGGCUGCUUAGGCCACCUCUUUCAGGCUGCUUAGGCCACCUCUUUCAGGCUGCUUAGGCCACCUCUUUCAGGCUGCUUAGGCCACCUCUUUCAGGCUGCUUAGGCCACCUCUUUCAGGCUGCUUAGGCCACCUCUUUCAGGCUGCUUAGGCCACCUCUUUCAGGCUGCUUAGGCCACCUCUUUCAGGCUGCUUAGGCCACCUCUUUCAGGCUGCUUAGGCCACCUCUUUCAGGCUGCUUAGGCCACCUCUUUCAGGCUGCUUAGGCCACCUCUUUCAGGCUGCUUAGGCCACCUCUUUCAGGCUGCUUAGGCCACCUCUUUCAGGCUGCUUAGGCCACCUCUUUCAGGCUGCUUAGGCCACCUCUUUCAGGCUGCUUAGGCCACCUCUUUCAGGCUGCUUAGGCCACCUCUUUCAGGCUGCUUAGGCCACCUCUUUCAGGCUGCUUAGGCCACCUCUUUCAGGCUGCUUAGGCCACCUCUUUCAGGCUGCUUAGGCCACCUCUUUCAGGCUGCUUAGGCCACCUCUUUCAGGCUGCUUAGGCCACCUCUUUCAGGCUGCUUAGGCCACCUCUUUCAGGCUGCUUAGGCCACCUCUUUCAGGCUGCUGUUUUCCCCUGCAAAUGGUUAAGAUGUAUACGAUGUAGCUUUCUUUUUCAGAUUGUAACUGGAACAGAGUGUGCUUUGAUAAAAUGGCCAUGUUUGCUUAUGAAGUCAGUGAUGGGGAAUUGACCUGAAAUUUAUGCAAGCCAUCUUUCUAAGCCUAAGCCUGAACAUGUUUUAAACACAUUCCAGUAAUGAUACUGAUGUUACAAGCAUCAGUAAGAAUGUAUCUGAGAAUAAUAUUAUUGAGUUGAAUCUGUUGUCCUUUUGGUAAAGCAGUGCAAAUACAGAUCAGGUGGUACAAAGAUUGAAGCACUUGGUACCAGUCGUAUUAGACUUUAUGAUUAAAAGCUGAAACAUACCUUUUUCACAUAUUCAAAUAUUAGUUCAAAGUAUUUUUCCAGUAAUGCUUACUGUUAAUGGUCAAGUUGAAUGUUACCUGCCACCUUGGUUUCUUAGGAUGUCUUAACAUGAAUAUUGCUUCUAGUUUUGCUCAGCUGUCUGUCAUCCCUUUGGGCAUCCUUGUAUUAGUUUGACCUUCCUGUACGCUUCUUUGAAGAAAUUUUCCCUCCUUGCCCCGCACCUUCUGUCUGUCAGAGAGAAUUUUGUGCUUGAAAUUAUUCAAAAGUAUUACUUGUAUAGUAAACUGAUACUUUUUUCAUUUGUACUUGUGUUAAGAACUCUGUAUUUAUUUCUUAAAUACUUUGCUUUUAAAUUCAUGUCUCUGUCUCUUCUGUGACAUUUUCAUUUGGACAUUGCUAAAGACUUCCUUCUAUUCAAAACUAAUUAUACUAACUCCUUGGAUCAUACAAAGUAUUACUGUUAAAUUAGUGAGGGGGGAAAUUCUGUAUAGUUUAUGGUCUUGUAAAGUAGAUCUGGAUUUCGAAACUGUGCAGAUAAAUCUGUACAUAGACUGGAAAUCUGUUGAACUACACUGCUGGUUGGGAGUGGUGCAAAUCUUAAUGGAGUUGGCUUUGCUAUAGCAAAUUUCCGCUGUGGUGUAUCUUCCUAAUGUGCUUCUAGUCCUCUUUGUCUUCCUGUUGUAACCACAACAGUAUUCACUGUUGAUGAGCCUCUUGAGGAUAUCAUUGGCACAAGCAUCCAGGGGGUAUUUGGUAUUCUUUGAAAGGACUUGAAAGUUGUUACUUUCUCUCCAACUGUUGUCUCCUUGUCUGGAGAAUUUAGCUUAAUGAAUAUCCAUGAGGGAGAAGAAAUGAAGGCAGGCUGGCAUGAAGCAUUAGGAGAUCUUCUAAGACUUUCUUUACAAAGAAGUCUCAAACCAAAAAUAGGAAAUGGUGAUGGUGAAGACUGGAGGAGAUAAGGUCUUGGGGAAAUAAUGUUAAACUGUCUUAGACACAAUUCAGUUGGUAGGUCACAUGGACACAUGAACAAGUAAUACUGUAAUGUAUGGCCUCAGGUAUCUCUUAUUCUGUUACUUUGUCUCUUGGGAGUCAUCCCUCCCUACUACUUUAAAUACAACUAUCGCAAGAGGCUGGCUAUUGCUAUAUCUGUUUACUAUGUCUUCUGCUUCACUGGCAAGGGCACGGGCAACUGUUAUUUCUGUAGCAGCAUAUUUGAAGGCCUCAGCUAACAAGCUAUCUUUAUGCUCAUCUGAGAUAGGAAGAUGUCUGUAAACCAUUUUCAGUGAUGCAGAAUUGAAGCACAGAGAAAAACUGCUCUUAUGAGGAGUCUGGCAAAGCAAGGAGGAAAAAGCAUUAUCUCAUGAGUUUCAGCAUUGCAGCAGCAAAAACUGUUAAGUGCUAGCUAGAACUCUAGUUUCUUUAACUUAAAAUGUCUUAAAACUUCUGCUUCAUGAUGCCUGUAUUUAGUAUAAUAACUUUUUUCCAUUUGGUUUCUGUACCAGAGAGUUAAAUCUCAAAGAGUUAAAAUUGUAUGACUGAGAUCAGUAAUUAACAGUGGUGUCGGAUAUAAUGAUGAUAAUCCUUUUUAUGCCGUUUCCUAGAUGUAGUGGCACCACAGGGAAGCACCAAGCUGCUAGCCAUCAAGGCACCAGCUGAAUUUCCUAAAAUGUUGUCUUCUAGCUCUCUCCUAGUAUCUGAAAACAAAGGUGAGAGCACAUCUAGUACUAACCUCAAGGAAGCUUCAAAACCUGCUGAAGACAUGAGGAUGUUCAUGUCAAGAAAAACAGUGGUCGCAUUUCCUCAGCGAGGAGUUGUUUCUCCUCUUGAGGAGGAAAACCUCACUACACCUGCAACAGAAGGAGGCUUGAGGAAAGAGUUAGUUGAGGAAGAAACUUCGUCUUCAUCGAGCUCAGAUUCUAGCUCAGAUUCUGAGGAAGAAAAGGAUGAUGAUGAUUCAGAAGUUGCUAUUAAAACCAAAGUUGAGUUUCCUAGACAAGAUUCCAUCUUUUCUGAGAACAUAGCAGUAAAGGCAUCAAUACUAGCAAAAGAGAACUUGUCCCAAAAAUCCCACAAAGUUUACAUAGCUAGGAAGAAACCAUGCAAACCAGAAACAGAUGUGUCUCCUAUCAAGCAAGUUGCAUUUUCUAAAACAUCACUCAGUCGUGAAACAUCAAAAUCCAAAGCAAGAAACCCCAGAGUAAAAUCAGCUCCAAAAGUGGCAGAUCAGCAGAAGCUGGUCUUAGAACCACAUGUGGUUGAAAGCCAAGACCUGACUGAUAUCACUCAUAAAUCUGAUUAUUUGGAGGAAAAGUCCAUUGGAACCCAAGUAGCAGCUCUUCAGCUGAAACCUUCAUCAGUGACUCGGGAAGAGAAAAAGCAAAAACUGUUAUCCAGAGGAGAAGAAAAAAAGGUGAAGGAGGCACAGGAGUCAGAAGCAGAAGUAGUAACUGCUCCUAAACUAGAAGAGGUUUCUGGAAGCACAGUGUUGGUGAUGGGCACUGCAGCAGAGGAGGAGACCAUUCAGGAAGCAGGAGUCCAAGCGGGAGAAAGAAGCACAAUAGAGGAGACCACAGCAGCUGCUGAGCCUCCUCCAGAAGAAUUUGAUAAUUCUACCUACAAGAACCUUCAGCAUCAUGAAUAUAACAUUUAUACCUUUGUUGAUUCUGUUGCGGCGCUCUCAAAAUUCAGGCAGCCUCAGCCAUCUUCUGGAAGACCAUCACCAAGGCAUUGAAAGAACUACAUUUCAAACAAAUGCCCAGGCAGAAUGAUAAAUAGUUCUAUUUAGCACUGUUGCUUUGUAUUAUAAAUCAGAUAAUAAAUAAAUGCGUGAUAAGUU